AUGCACUGCUUGCCCUCCUAUCCUCUCAAGGAUUGCCACUGUGGUGCACGCCAAGCCGACUGCCGCCACUUUCUUUCCUACCUGCUGGUUGGACCCACACUUCAACGGCUGCACGAGGCGUUUCCCUUGCUCAUACCCAAUGAUCAACAUACCAUCGACGCCAUCUUAAAUGCAUUACCACGCCGUGCACGAGGCCUCAAGCAUAGUCACUGGCGGUCUACCUGGCCACUGCUCCUCCACACGCUUCGGGACAUUGAUAUCUGCAGCCAUCCUGAUUCAGACUUUGAACCUGAACCAGAUCCAUAGCUUGUU